AUGGCGGUCCGACGGUCCGCCCGUCUGCGCAAUCGCGAUGCGUCCUUGUCCGAGGAACCUCAGCCACCACCUGGCCCCGCUGAGCACAGUCACGUCAACAAAGAUCACGUCAACAAUCGACAUAACGACCAGCUCCCUGAGAAGCCAAACAAACGAACCACCAGGAGCAAGAAGAAAUCCCAACCCACCCACGAACCUACCGAUCUACCCCCUGUUCUUGAACCCGAAGCCCCCGAAACUGCAUCCAAGGAAACCGAAGCCCAAUUUACGCGUGCCGCAUCCGCAAGGGUGGAGCGGACGAAAAAGCGAUCCAUCACUGCCGCGUUCGACAAGGCCGAGUCGACAUUCAAGAAGAUGAAGAGCGCCGCGUUCUCCAAGAGCGGAGAGACCCCCAAGAAGGGCGCCGGCGACGCGUCCGAUCGCGCCGAAGCUACGCCCAAGAAAACUCCCAAUGCCGCGUCCGCGCGAGUCGAGGCGACCCCGAAGAGGAUUACCCAGUUGACUUCGCCAGUCAAGGGCACCGCCCCUUCCAGAAUCCCGAGCGUUGCCACCCCGCCCAGGGCUACACCCGCUGCGGCUAAGGGUCCCGGUGCAAAGACCCCCUCCACCGUCAUGGCGCGUCCUUCCCACCAGGAUAUGCACCCCAGCAAGGUCCACCAGAGCACCACUAAGCAGCCCGAUUCCGGCUUGGUUUUGGGGUUCAACCCCGUCAAGAAGGAUGCCCAAGGCAACGUCAUCAAGGACACCGCGACUGAGAGCACUCCGACCAAGGCUAGAGAUUCCCCCGCGUCGGCAUACUAUGGCACCCCUGCGUUUGAGUUCAAGUUUGCCAGCCAAGAGGCCCAGCUGAGCGACGAGGCCAAGAAGCUCAUGGAGAGCGUGCGCCUGGACGCCGCGAAGAUCAAGGCGCAGAUGGUCAAGGAUCGGGCCAACAGCGCACAGGACAACCCCGAGCCUACCGAGAGAAAGAUCGUGCAGCCCAAGGGAAAGACCGACCGUUUUACCGAUGCUCAUAUGGCCGAAUUCAAGAAGAUGGACUCCAUCGCAAACCAUCCCUCGGCCUUCCGUGCCGCUCCGGGUCGCUUCCAGCCGGUCAUCGAGAAGAAGACUCUCAAGAGAACCAACUCCAAGGCACGAUUGGACGAGACCGACAGCAAGUCGCCUUCGCCUUUCAAGGCCCCCGUUGCACGGCCCUCUCCUGCUCCGGUUACCGCUUCAGCUAAACGCGUCAAGCACAACCAGACUGACGACGCCUCAACCAGUCGUCUCCCGACUCUGAACAGCCCUAAGCCCGGUUUCACGCGUCCCAAGCACUCUUUCCGCAAGUCUUUGAUGACUCCGACCCGAGCCUCGGCGGCGCGUGCGUCGACCGUGAGACCUGCUCGCACUUCGAUGAUUCCCUCGUUGGUCCGCUCCCCAGCCCCCACGCAGCCGGAGGUUCCGCGCACGCCUCAGACCGACUUCAACCCCCGGCUGAAGAGCAACAUUCCCAAUUUCAGCCAACUCCGGUCGAUCCUCCGUCAGCCCCACCAGCUUUUCUCCCAAGACCCCCUCAAGAUCGCCGCAGGCACCCAUGUGGCGGCUCCCGACUUCAGCUCGAACAUGCUGUUCGGCUCGUCGCGGGACGCCACCGAGGAGCCCUCGCACACUCCCUCUCCCAAGAAGCGCGUCGAGUUCAGUCCUUGUGUGAAGGAUGCUCCGGAGGAAACCGUGUUCUCGCCUUCUCCUUCGAAAGUUCCCACCGCAAGUGCCUCUCGGGUGGUUUCUGACAUUGUUUACCCUACUCUACCUACCUUGACCCCGGACCACGCCCGCAGCCCCAGCAAGAUCGGCAGCACCACCAAAAACAGCGAGGCGUCCACACCUACUAUCCGCCAGGUGCGUCCUUCGGACGCUACUCCUCUGCCUGAGAUUGCCGGCGUGCCCCACGGUAUCGGCCACAAGAAACGCAACCGUCCUACCGUUGAGGAAGAGAAGCACGACGCUAGUUCCUUGCCCGAGAUUGCCGGUGUUCCCCACGGGAUUGGUCACAAGAAGCGCAACCGCACAGCCGUCGAGGCAGAGGAUGUUGAUGCCGAAAACGUGCCUCCAGCCGAUAAUGCGGGAGCGCGCAGCGCCAAGCGCCUCAAGAUGAGCGCGCUGUCGCCGUCGCCGUUCAAGAAGACCGGCCGUGCUUCCACUCUGUUCGCCAAGGCCACGGGCACUCCCAGUGCUCACAGUGCUACUAAGGAUACGGCCUCGAGUGUGGCAGGUACCCCCACGCCCAGCAAACCCCGCUCCCACACUCCGCUCCGCUCUGCAACCCGACCCUCGGCGGGACGCGCCAGCACCACCGCCACUACCAGCACCACCCCGGGCAGUGCUCGUGCUCGCAACCGGGGCGUGCUGACCAUGAGCCGUUUGCAUCUGCUGUCUCAGCCCAAGAGCCGUUCAUGA